GUUAAGCGAUCACCUGCAGGAAUCCACACAGCCAGAGUUAAUGCUGCUUAACCUAAUUGCGCUUCGAAUUGCUUAAUAUAUUAAUCACAUUGAUAAAAACUAUAUGUGUAGCUUUGGAUCAAAGACAACCAUAAUAACAAUGCCUUCUUGAAGUGUAAUGAUCUUCGGAACUCGCUACUUACCAUUUAGAAAUGCAAAACCUGUGAGUGGGAAUACGGAAAAGGAACUGUAAUACGAAUACAAUUGAUUAAUGCAUUGAGUGAAUUAGACGUACUAAAAUGCCAUUUAAAAUUCAAUAAGUCUGAACGUUGUAAAUUUCAACAGUACUUUUGUGCUCGUGUGUUAUAGCAGAACACAGUCAUGUGGGACAUAGUCAGAGGUGUCGCUACUGGAACUUUGUUUAAGACACGGAAAGUAAACACAGAUUCGACUAUAUUUAAGUUACAUUAUCGUGCGACGUUUUGCAUUAUUUUGUUAUUCACAGCCAUCUUAGCUGCUAAUCAGUAUGUUGGGAAACCAAUCAGGUGCAUGCAUCAUAUGGACGAGCACCCAGAUGAAAUUCUGGACACCUUCUGUUGGAUUCAUUCGACGUAUACUGUGACCAAAGCCUUCUACAAGAAAGUGGGUGUAGACGUCCCGUUUCCUGGUGUCGACAACUCAAGGGGGAAUCAGGAAGAGGUGAAAGUGUAUCGCUUCUACCAGUGGGUGUCUUUCUGCCUUCUAUUUCAGGCAAUUCUGUUCUACGCACCUCGAUGGCUCUGGAAGACGUGGGAAGGUGGAAAGCUCGAGGCGCUUAAAAUGGACUUGGAUGUCGGAAUAAUGACACAGGUGGAUAGAAAACAAAAGCAGGAAAUGAUGCUGGACUAUCUCCAGAGCAAUAUCAGAAAUCAUAACUUCUGGGCCUUCAAAUACUUCUUCUGCGAGAUUCUCGCUUUCAUCAACGUCGUAGGUCAAAUGUUCCUGAUGGAUCGAUUCUUCGAUGGAGAAUUCUUCAGUUAUGGAACCGACGUCAUCAACUUCAUGCAGAGCGAUCAGGAAGACCGUGUGGAUCCGAUGAUUUACAUCUUCCCCAGAAUGACAAAGUGCACCUUCCACAAAUACGGACUUUCCGGUGAAGUGGAACGCCAUGAUUCCAUCUGCAUUCUUCCACUGAACAUCGUUAAUGAAAAGAUAUACAUUUUUCUUUGGUUCUGGUUCAUCAUUUUAGCAGUCUUAACGUUAAUUUUAAUAAUAUAUCGAGUUUUUAUGUUCACAAGUUCCAAAUUGAGGGCCUACCUUUUCAAGAUUCAUUACAGACUCAUUGAACAAUACGACAUCGAAAAGAUUGCGAAGCAUUAUGGUGUUGGGGACUGGUAUCUCCUUUAUAUGAUUGGCAUCAAUAUAGAUGCGGGAAUUUUCAGAGAUGUGUUCCACAGACUGGCUGAAAAUAUUAAAGAUGGCAGUGAAGAAAAUCGUCGCAUGGUAUAAAUUCUGUUUAGACAAUAUCGGAAGUAAGAAGAAUGGGGUAGCCAGUUUCCUUUAACAUUCUGUCUGUCUGCGACUGAUGCAGUGCGAUAAAUCUGAGUUUGUUGUUCCUGGAGUAAACCAAUUGAAGUAUCUGUAUUUCAUAAGUUUUAUACUCGUUACAUAAUAUUUUAGAGUAAAUAAAUGAGAAUAACAGAUAAAUAUUUAGGAAACGGAAAAUUCGUAAACAAUUUUGGUCUGAAAAUCUGAAUGGAGGAGAGUAUAUAGGAGUCCUAUGUGAAUAUGGAAUAACACAUAAUAAAAUGUAACCUAAGUAAACGGGAUAUUUAGGUGUGGAGUGGAUUCGACUGGCUCAGGACACACUCUAAUUGUGGGUUCUAUCAACACAUUUAUGGGUAAAACAAGGGCCCAGAAACACGGUUGGAAAUCUAAUAAAAUUUGCUUUCCUACAAUUCCGUUUGCCAAAAAUAUUUUUGGCAAACAGAACGGCUUCAGUCUACGAGCAGAACAAUCUCACUGGAGAUCGAAAUAGUUCUCUGAAUGAGAAUCGAUUGUCUUACGCUGAGACCAUCAGACUCCCUCAAGAAAGUUAAAGGUAACAGUUAUUAUUUUAAUAGAUCUUAACAAAGAUUUUAUAUGCAAAAUCGCUCCAGUUUUAAGUGAAUGUACUGACCUCUUCGUCCUUGGACGCUGGCUUCUUAAACUCUAUAUAGCUUAGAUUUUACGGUUUUCAUUGACGUUUGAGCAGAGAAUAGUGAAGGAGGUAUUCGUCUGAAAAGUUUUAUGCUUGCCAAGAAAAAUAAAACUGACAUGGAAAUCCACAUAGAAACUAAAUACAUUCUAGUAACAAUUUUAAACCGCUGUGUGGACGGUCGUGUGUACAUUCCUCAGCAGACAGUGUUCUGAGUUCGGAACUACGACAGAGAAGGUCACGCACAACUGUAAUACCGAACAUCGAGGUCGAGUGGUUAGGAGUCCUAAUUUUCACUCAGAAGGUCUUGGAUUCAUAUCUCGACCCGAAGAAUGGCUAUCUUGACUGAUAUUGUUCGUAGUUUUCCUCUACAGGUUCAGACAAAUGUCUCUUCGGUUACGCCCUCAUAAUGGAGGGAAGAAACACCUCUGAAACGUCCAUAAACUUCUACCAGACUACACGGUGCAAUAACACAGAAAGCAGCCAUCUUCAAGGACACUGUUGUAUGUAGUUUGUCUUUUUGCUUAAAAAUGCAAAAUUUCAGCUAGUACAGGUAAUUAUUCAUUGUGUAUAUGUUGUAAGAUAUAUGACAAGUAUCGUUUCCCAUCGUUGAUAUGUUUAUAAAUUUUAAUGAAAGACGUUUUCAUAUGAUUUUAUGUACGGUCUCUACGAGACACUAAGUCGCUCUGAAAUCUGCGCAAAUGUCGACAGCUCUCCAUUCGAGUACGAAAAUGUAAGAUGACGGAGGGGGCUUUCCUCAGUUAUUACGAUAUUCUUGUCUUGGCUGUAUUCCUGGACUCACUUCUCCCUCACCCUGACUGAAUGAACACAACGAAUCAACGCGAAAGUUUCUUCCCUACAUCACUUUAAAUGUACCUUCACAAUACUGACACUUUCUAUGUGUUUCUGCAGCUCUGGAUAAGGGAUGAACAGAUAGUUUGACCUAGGAAGCAUAUGAAAGUAUAUCGAAGUGAGAUCGAACUGGAAAGUCUCGCGAGAAGUAUUCUGUAAUUAAAUUGUAAGUGACAAUUGUGGCGAUAUAUGUUACAAGAUAAUAUACAACAUCAUUUACGCUAUGACGUGAAUGCUCAGUUUUCGACUGAGAGUUCUUUUUACACGAAAUGCAAUGAGUUUCCUAGACAGCGCAACCGUAAAGAAGUCUACGAAAUGACGGGAGGAGCGUUGGAUUUUUCCUCCUGAUAGCGCGUUCACAUAAAACAAGUUCUGCAUAACUUGAAAGUACAGUGGUGUGAAUAUACCUACGUCUUCAUCCUACCACAUGUUUCGCAUUAAAACUUAAGCGACAAAGUUUGAAGGAAUUUGAUAUAGGUUAUAAACAUAAAUUAAAAUAUAGCAGACUUAUACUGGGUCUAGCAGGUCAAAUGUUAUCUCUAAAGGAAAUAAAAUUCAAAUGUGUUCA